AUGCCUGGACCUGUCGAGUUACCUGAUACUAGUACAUCAUCCGGCAAAGGUGGAUCAGAUGGAUACCAGGGACAAGUACCACGCGCGCGUCCUCGACCUCGAAAGAACUCCACUAAGUCUGUCAAAGACACGAAAAUGAUGAUGCCAAGAAUCUCCCGAGUACUCCGUCCACAGAAUCAUCCUCUCAAGGGAAUGCGAGCAAGAGUGCAAGGAAAAUCAUUAUACGUCGACGAUGAGGAGUUUGUGGAGGCUGUUCAGGUCAUGAACGGUUGGGGAAAACAAGACCCAGAAACCAUUCAAGCGAUGGAGCACCGUGCUGUGGAAUUCCACGAACAAGAGAAAUUCGACGAAGCGGAGGAGAUCGAGUUACAAGUCAUCUAUCUCAAGCGCGAAACAUACGGACCUGAACAUCCUCACACUCUCAUCGCCAUGCGAAACCUCGCUGCAACAUACUUCAUGCAAGGAAAAUACCGCGAGGCCGAAGAAAUGGGUGCCAAUGUUGUGAAGUUGGGACGAGUUGCACUUGGUAACACUGAUCCCGAUAUGAUUCUCGCCUUGAUCAACCUUGCAGCCACAUACUGUGCACGAAAGAACUAUGACGCAGCUGAGAAGAUCGGCUAUGAGGUGGUCAAUCUCGGUCGUGAUUUCCUUGGUGGAAACCACCCAGACACUAUUCUUGCCAUGACAAACCUUUCGUUGGUGUUAUUCCAACAAAAGAAGUAUAAUGAGGCCGGUGUCGUUGGAGUGGAAGCUGUUUACCGUGGACGAUCAGUGCUCGGUGAAGAUCACCCACAAACAAUCAAGGCCAUGGGUAACCUCGCUGCGACUUAUUACGAACAAAAGAGAUAUGAGGAUUCAGAGGGACUGGGUCUCGAAACUAUUCAACUGGGAAGAUCCGUUCUUGGUAAAGAGCAUCCAUAUACUCUUCUCUCCAUGUUGAGUCUGACCAAGACCUACGUCGCCCAAGGGAGAUUUGACGAGGCCCGACAGAUUCAGGCCAAGGUUGUCAGACUGCGACAGGAGCUACUGGGAGAUGAUCACCCCGAUACCAUCGUUGCCAUUCAAGCUCUCGUUGAGACGAAUGCGAAGCAAAAGCAACAGAUGGCCCGGAAGCCCAAGCGGUUCUCAUUCAAGUGGCGUCCUCAAUUCCAGCUGCAUCGACGUCAGCAGACCGUGAAUUAA